AUGGGCUCCGCUUCACCAACCACUGGCAGUGCAACAGGUAGCACUUACUCAGCCUACCUCAUUCGUCUCACGCAGUCACAUAGUUCCUUCCGCCGACCAGAGCUGGAGGCGCUUGCUAUAAAGGCUGGCGUUGGUCUUAGCUUCCUCUCCUACGACGACAACUCACCAUACUGCAUCGUUCGCAUCAGCCCCAAGCCCCCUUCAGACACAACUUUGGUCAACGACCACGACGCAGUAAGGUCUAUCGUAGCCCAAUCUAUUCUUGCAAAAGGCGUGUACGAGCUCUAUGCUGUGGCACCCACUUACGAAGAGCUGCACAGUCAAGUUCGUGGUUUGCCAGCCGAGAUAUGGCAACCAUUCAAGCACGUCUCCUUCAAGUUCCUGGUCGAUGCAUUCUGCGGCAAGCGAUCGAUACCGGAGCAAAGAGAGAUUAUUGAGGGAUUCGGCUAUCUGCCUCUGAAAGGCAGCAUAUCUCUGAAAAAUCCAGAAGAGGAAUUUGUGGUAUUUGAGGAGUGGGACCUGCUAACACCAGAACAGCAUGCAGCACUAAACAUUGGCACAGGCUUCAGAGUUGCACAGUCUCUAUGCAAUGCUGAGAACAUAGCUGAGCAAGAUGCCACGGCUGGUGAUAUUGCAGCCGCUGCCCUCAUCUCAGACCGCAAGCCAAAGCGCAUUUUCUUCACUCGCUAUAUUGGACCAUCUCAACGCAAUCUGAUUGUCAAACACGAUUUGAAGAAAAGGCCGUACAUCAGCACAACAUCAAUGGACGCAGAGUUGGCUCUGAUCACGGCUUCUCUAGCGCUUGCCGCUCCAGGCAAGUUGUUUCUGGAUCCUUUCACCGGAACAGGUGGGUUCAUGAUUGCUGCAGCAGAGCUCGGUGCAGUAGUUCUGGGCUCUGAUAUUGAUGGUCGAAGUUUUCGUGGUAAAGGCACAGGCCUGACCAAAGGCAUUGGUGCAAAUCUGAAACGGUACAAGCUGACUGAUCGAUUUGGUGAUUGCUUGACGAGUGAUCUGACUAAUACACCAUUUCGAUUGCGCGGCCUAGAUUCCAGCAAAUCCUCAAGAUGGUUAGACGGAAUCAUCUGCGACCCGCCGUACGGCAUUCGGGAAGGGCUGAAGGUGCUGGGCAGAAGAUUGCAAGAUCCAGACGAAGUAAAGGCAGAUGGACGAGUGAUUCAUGAAGGACCAUACUACGUGGAUGGUGUAGCAAGCCAUACACUGCCCGACUUCAUUGCACCCAAACGUCCUUACAGCUUCGACGCCAUGUUGAGCGAUAUACUUGAUUUCGCAACCAGAACUCUGGUAGAUUGUGGCCGCUUAGCUUUCUGGAUGCCUGUAGCAAACGACUCUGACGAGGAGUUUCCAGUUCCGAUACAUCCCAUGUUGGAGAUUAGGCACAGCUGCAUCCAGGUAUUCAAUAAGUGGUCAAGACGGCUUCUUGUAUAUGAAAGAAUACCUGGUGAGGUUUCGGACGAUCUUGCAGAACAAAUCAAAGGACUCAAAGUCAGCCAGGCUGCAGGUCGGAAGGCUGAUGAGCUGAACCAAUUUCGCAGGAUGUACUUUCGUGGCUUUCACGUUGAAGCUGAUUCCGCGGUCGAGAAGGCCGGGCAUAGCCCAGAAGUUCAACAUGGCUAA